ACGUAGUGCGCAGAUUGAACAAACUGGGGACAGAACGAAAGAAACCGGCGGCAGACAGGCAGAAAAAAAAGAGAAUAAAAUAUUAUAGAUAAAUUCAUUUAUUAAUUGUUUUUACUUGUUGAAUAUACCGGAGACCGAAAAUAAAAGAGAUUUAAAAAGAUGGCAGUGAACGUAUAUUCAACCUCAGUGACCAGUGAUAAUUUGAGUCGACAUGACAUGUUGGCAUGGAUAAAUGAAUCUCUACAAAUGAACCUUACGAAGAUUGAAUUGCUUUGUUCAGGCUCUGUAUACUGCCAGUUCAUGGACAUGCUUUUCCCAGGUUGUAUGCCGAUGAAGAAAGUGAAAUUUCAAGCCAAACUGGAACAUGAAUUCAUCCACAAUUAUAAACUUUUACAAGCAAGCUUCAAGAGAAUGGGUGUUGACAAAAUUAUCCCUGUGGACAAAUUAAUAAAAGGAAAAUUCCAAGACAACUUUGAAUUUGUUCAGUGGUUCAAGAAAUUCUUUGAUGCCAACUACGAUGGGAAAGAUUAUGACCCAGUUGGUGCCAGACAAGGUCAGGAGACCGCACCCUCACUCAAUACUUCCACGUCUGCCCUGAACAAACCCAAGAAAAUCCCCGUCACAGGGGGAACAGCCCCUCAGAGGACCACAGCGGUGGCAAAGACAGCACCUGCCCCUAAAGUGGGGGCAGGGGCAGGAGCAGCCAGGAGACCAGGGCCAACAGGAAACUGUGAUGAAGAAAAGACCGAGCUUAUUCAGGAGGUUAACUUACUAAAAAUCACAAUUGAAGAUAUGGAGAAGGAGCGAGAUUUUUACUUUGGCAAACUGAGGAAUAUUGAACUUAUCUGCCAAGAGAAAGAAGGAGAAAGUGACCCAACAUUACAAAAGAUUGUUGACAUCCUGUAUGCUACAGAUGAGGGCUUUGUGAUACCAGAUGGCGAAUCACCACAGGAGCAAGAGGAAUACUAACAUUCCACCCUUGAUGCAACUUAUAGAUCACCUGUACCCCCACCAGAUCAUGUUAUGCAUUUGGUUCUGAACAAACUUUAUAUCAAUGUUUGUGUAAGCAAAAACAAAUCCAAUUUCAAGUACCUCCUUUCUUAAAACUUGCACUUUGCAAAGUUCUUUAUCCUUGACCUGAAUAAACAUGGAAAUCUGAUGCCUGUGGAGCUGUAUUGUUUCCAGUGGAGUAAAAUGACACAACUGUCAGUCUUCAGAAUGUAUUUUCUUUUCUGUGGCGGGGUGGGGGAAGAGACACACAAAGGUGUGCGGCACCUUCUUUGUUUUAUUUGUUUGUUUUUUUACCUAAGCUUGUCAUCUGCCACCUCUUUUUGUAGUUUAAAACAAGCACAUCUUCUGAAUAUUGUGCAGGUUUAUGGAUUGCUGAUAAUUUCAGAUGUUGCAGUCAUGUAAGAUUUGAUAUUUUUACCGUUAUAAGCAAUUUGCAUAUAGUAGAAUGUUAUUGGGGGUGGGCAGGUUGAAGAGAGUGCUUUUGCUCAUAACUGAUCGCUCCCAUGCAAUAGAAAGAAUGUUUAAAAAAUAAAUGGUGACCAUUUACUGAGGGUCAAUUUUGAGGGUUACUGAAUUGACAAUAGUGUUGAAAUGUGAUUCAGGCAUUGCACAGUUCAAUUAACUCAAAGAAGGAAUUAUACUGUACCCCAUGUAGCUUGCAGAAUGAUGUUAUUUUUUUUGUCUUAUUUGCACCCUGGAAAAAAAAUGAACUUGAGUGUAACAGUUUUUUUUUCAGUGUUGCAAUUUGAUUUUGGUUUAUGAUGAGAAUCCCCUUAAAAAUGAAUUAAUACAUCAAAUAUACCUUUUUAUUCUCUUAUUCUGUAUAGGGGAAUUGAAAGUGUUUAUUAUCACAGUCACCUGCUGACAUUUUAAUUUAAAUGUUGAGCCUGAAUCCUAAAAUUCACAUUAAAAAACUACUGUCUGUUUUAGAAAUUGCACCUUCCUUUAGUGCAAUUGGCACUUUUUUGCUUUCAUCCUUGCUGUUAAUGAUCUGUUUGCGUCAGAGAGAAGUAUCUGGCUAUUUAUUAAAUUUCAGUGCAGUAAUGCAGUAAAAUUGAUCAUGUCAGGACAUUUUAGCCAAACGCUUUUGAUUGGGAUUGGGGUUAGGGAUUCCAUGGAUGUAAAAAAAAAAAAAAGGUAUUGUGCAAUUUAAAGACUGCUUUCAGUUGUUUUUUUAGUAGUAUAUGUGCCAGUACCUCGCCAGUCUUCUUCUAGGUCCAUGUUAGGUUUGCUUGCAUUUAAGAAUAAGUUUGUUACGUUUUUUGGAAAUGUUUUGUGCUGGUGGAAUAUGGAAAUUUAGAAGUUGCCAAAAAACGUACAGUAACUAGCCGUUGUUGGGGAAGAAAAAAUACAGUGGUGCUAUCUCAAAAUUCUCUGGUGGCCUUUUACAGUUGUUUGCCCUAAAAUUCCUGUACACUGUGGACUAAAAACCACUAUUGGUCUUUUUCUGCAGGGCAUUUUUUAUUUACUGAAGUCAGUUUCUUACUAACAAUAAAGUUCUGUAUUUCCAAACUG